AUGACGCCACGCGUCGCUGCGGCCCCGCCCCCUCGCGCGCCCGCCGGAAAGCCCAGAGGAGAAGAGGCGAGUAGGGGCGGGGCGGAGGGCUGCCUGGGCUCCACGUGUGCAGGAGCAGAGGACCCUCGAGGCCCGGAGGCGGAGGGUAGGAAAGAAUGGAGGGAACCGGGCCUGGGCGAGAGAGGGCUUCAUGGCCGACUUCCCUCCUGUGAAGUUCGAUAUGAGGUAGCCCUUGACUCCACACCCAGAGGCCCCAGGGACGAAGCUAGCAAGGCCUUCGGCGCCUUCAAAGGAGGCCUUGGACCAAGCGGGGGCGGGAUGCUCAGGCCCGUGAUGAGGAGCCUGGAACUCAUAAGCUGCAGUCCUUUCAACACCUACCACUUCCAUGAGCACACUUCAGGUCUUCUUCAAGUGCCUAUUUACCAACAAAUUUUCAGAGACUUGGUUGUGUCUGUAAAGUAUCAAAACGAUCACAUGAUCAUAGGAGGAAAAGGCAGAAGAAGGCCUUCACAUAGAAUAGGAGUUCAUUUCAGCUAUGGACAGCUUCUGGGCAAUACACCCUCUACCUCCUUUGAUGAGGCCCCUGCUCUUUAUGGAAAAAAAGUAGAGCUAAGGUUAUGUCCUGACUGUUGGGCCUAUAGCACUAUUCUACCCUUUUGGGUAGUCAGUGCUCUAUUAUCUAUUCUUUAUUCCUACCUAUUGGAUCAACAGUAUCACACAGUUCUAGUCAUUCUAGUUCUUCAUUGGGCUUUUAUUCAGAUUCAUCCCCCAUGGAAAUGGGUAUAGGAAUGCAUUGGAUAUGUUUUUUCAGACACCUCAGGAACAAUUUGAGUAUAAGGUCAUGCCUUUUGAAUUGAUUUAUGCCUCUGCAAUUUUUUAGUGAUUUAUGAACUCAGUUUUUCAUGACCUUGUGGACUGAGUGAUAGUUUUGUACUUCUGUGAUGUUAUGAUUUAAUCCUAGGACCCCAGUCAGCAUAUAACCUUGUUAAA